CUCCGAGCGUCAGUUUCGUUUCCCUUUCGUCGUCGCUAUUAAAUAAACGCAGCAGAAGAAGAGUUUCGGUUCUGCCUUCGUACCGAAAGGAAGAGAACACCUUCAUCGGACUGAAACGGCUCCUGAACAGUUUGGAGCGCAGACAUGAACCAAGCUGCUCCGAGCCAGCGACCCGUCAUCCCACAGGUCCGGUACCAUCCAUCCAUUCAGAUGGCAGGAAGUGGAACCACAGCCGGUGCUACUCGCCGUCCUCAGACCAGAACUCAACCUAAAACAGUCCAGAAGAACCAGAACUCCAACAGAACCGGUCCGGGUGGGGCGCGCGGACCACCUGACAACGAUCCAGGUCCAACUGCAGACCAAGCAUCAAGCAAACAGGGUCAGAGGUUCAGACCAGGUGCUGCUCACCACCCUCAGACCAGAACUGAGCCCGGAGUGGUCCAGAAGAACCAGGAUCCCAGCAGGACUGGUCCAUGUUUUAACAGAGGACCAGAACCCAAGAGGGAUCUGGGUUCUGCUGAAGACAAAGCUCCUCCCACACCAGACCAGGUCCCGCUGGACCCAACGGCCGAACUGGAUCGGAACCUGCUGCAGCAGGUGGAGGUUCUGACCCGCGGACAGAGCACCAACCAGGACUGGUUCCACUGGAGGAAGAAUCGGAUCACGGCCUCUGUGGCCCAUCGCAUCGCUCACUCCAGGUUCGUCAACGGCAAGAGCAAAGCUCCGCCCAUUUCGUACCUGGCUGCCAUCACAGGCGAGGGGCCCAAAGUCCAGACCAGAGCCAUGAGCUGGGGCAUCGAGAAGGAGGCCGAGGUCGUCCGCAGGUACCAGACUCUGAAGUCGGCGGCGCUGGGCCGACCCAUCCGGGUUCUGGAGUGUGGCCUGUUCAUCGACGGCCAGCGGCCCUGGCUGGCGGCCAGCCCUGACGGCAUCGUGGUGGAUGCGCGGAGCGGCCGCAGGCUGCUCUGUCUGGAGGUCAAAUGUCCCUACAAACACCGGCACCGUAGGGUGGAGGACGCCUGCAGGGACGACCCGGCCUUCUGCCUGCAGCUGCUGGACGGGGACACACCUGGACAGGCUCCAGUUUACGCCCUGAAGAAGUCCCACAGCUACUUCACGCAGAUCCAGGUCCAGCUGGCCGUCACAGGCCUGGACCGGGCCGACCUGGUCGUCUUCACUCUGAUGGAGACUGCCAUUGUCCCCGUGACCUUUGACCCCGACCUGUGGGACGAGAAUGUGUCCAAGCUGGAGGUCUUCUACCAGGAGGCUGUCCUCCCUCACCUCAGACAAAAAAUGCAGCAGAAAGCAGACGCAGGGCCAGAACUGUAGAAACAGGACGGUCCAAACAAAGGUGAUCUACUGGACAAGUCCUGUCCUCUGAGGAUGGAUGUGGUCUGGUUCUGAGGGUGGUAGAGGACAAGGGACAUUUUUUAAGCUACUGAUUCUGUUCAGAUUAAACAGGUCGGACUUCUGAGGAACUCGAUCUUUUGAGUCCAGUUUGUCCAACAGCGUCCAACCAGAGACAGACAGAACCCUGAUGAGCUUCUGGAUCGGAACCAAUCCAGAUGCUCUCAACUGGAUCAGCUCACACUUCCUCAUAUCGGACCUUUUUCUGUAGCGGGCUCAUGGUUACGAAAAUAAAUUCAUUUUAUAUGAAA